CAGCAUCGGACUCAGAAUCUCCAGACCCGUAAUCCCUGCCAGCUUUUCAGUGUGUUUCUGGAGCAGCUUGCGUGCGGCGGUGUUCUUGUUCAGUGUUGAGUGGCUAAAAGUGCUGGAUUGUUUAGAGGUUUAAAAACCAUUCUUGACCCGUAAGAAGUGCAUAUACAAGUUAUCCGUAAAACUUUAAAGCAUUCCACUGCAUCCGAAACUAUAUUUGUAUUGCUGACAUACGUAUAUACGGCAGCUGGAGAGGAGUGGCAUGUCGUCGGCAGACAAUGAACCCGGCCAUACUGAAAGGACAAUAAUUUGACUGGUCUGGUCUGGAAUGCCAGUGGAGGAGCAAAGCGACCGGGAGCGCAGCAUGAUGAGUACGCCAUUUUGGAACGAUGCCAGUUAUGGAGUCGCAGCAGCUCUAAAAUCCACAUAACUCCUCGACGAUAAGAUUCGAUAAGUUGGCAAUAAUCGGCGGAAAUGGGCAGUCUGCCGAAUCUUCAUGAACUGGAGGAGGCGGAGCGCAAGCGGGAGAAACGACGGGAAUACGAACUUUUGCUGGAGCAGCGCGCCCGGGACACAAGUCGUGAGCGGGAGCGUCUCUCCGCUUUUGCUCGGCAGCGUAAACAAUCCUCGUAUAAUGCCUAUAUAAUGGCUGGUCUGGGGAUUGGCGGAGGAUCCUUGAGCCUGACUGCCACCGGAGGAGCAGCCACCGGAAAUGGAGAAUUGCCAAGUGGCAAUGGAACGAAUGCUGGAAAAUCGCAGAAUGUCCAGACACUGGGCACAGAAACUGUUUUGGCCACCAAUUCGGUUGCACCGGUGGCUACCAGUGGCUUUGCGAUGCUGGGAAUGAGCAAAAAGUAUGCUCCACACUCGCACCACCAUCAGCAUCACCAACAUCAGCACCACCAACAUCGUCAUUCCCUGACCACCAGACACCGAGUACUCCGCACAAGAAGCUCUGGAGGAGCCCAGAAUGUCUGGGACGAGCAGAUGAUGGAGCAGCACUUGACAACUUACUCGCCGUCGCCUAUUUCGACCCGUUCGCAUCGAAUAAAUCCGGUAUCCUCGUACCAAGUGCAGGCUGCCCUGGCUGCCUCGCGUCGUCGGGAGUCUAUAAACAGCUCCAUCGGGGCCACAUCCAUUCGGAGAUUAAUAACGCUGAACAACCGGAACUGCAGGCACAAGGUAUCCGCCCAAGUGCGUCAGAAGGUGUGGCGACAGUUCAGCUGCCUGAGCUUGGCCCACGGAUUGAUGAACUGCGUCCUGCUGCCGGUGAUGGCGCUCCAGGGAUCCAAUGCAGUGUGGCACCAUCGGGAGCAGUGGUUGCGCCUCGGACCGGAGUUUGGAUCCCUGCUGCUGAGUGCUCUUUUUCUGGUGGCUGCCGGGAUGAGCCUGCCCAGCAUCCGGGUCAUGAAACGAUAUGGUUAUGGCUCCCUCUUGGCGGCCAACUCUGUGGCAGUGGUUCUAUUCCUCCUGUCGCAUCUGUACGCCUCCAUUUACACCCUUCUGCCCGCCUAUUUGCUGUUAGGCGUGACCCUGAGCGGAUCUGCUUGCUCCAAAGCGGCAUUGAUUGUUCAUUUCGGAGGGAAACUAAGUUGCUCCUGCGAAUCACAACAAUCUCAAGCGGCGGUAGAUGUCCUGCACGAAGAACAUAAGAUGUUUUGCAACCGCGAUCAGAAGGUGCGACGUUUGGCUAGGUGGUUCCGUGUUUCGCAGGAUCUGGGACUCAUCGGAGGAGCCCUUCUAGCAUCCUUUUUGCUAGCUUGCAGCGAUGGAGAUUUCACGGGAGAUUGCUCUGGACUGGUUUACUACGGAAACGAGAGCUGGCCACCACAGUUGAGGGAUUUCUACAACCGAAACGAACAUGGCGACAGGAUCUGUGGGGCAGACAUGUGCCCUUUAAGGGUACAAUCCCUGCUGGCCGUGGGUUGGGCCAACGGCAGCUCCAUACCCAGUUCCAUUUACGCCGGCUUCAUCGAAAGUGAGCCCCGGGUGGCUGGGCAAUCGCUGCUCUCAGUUUAUAUAUUAUUCUCGCUUAUAUCCUUGAUCCUUUCGCUGAUUAUGAUGGUGGAUAAGGUCCAAACGACGGGCCCAUCGCGACCGGAGCGUCUGAGGGAUGUGAGCAUCACGGAUACCCUGCUCUUUGCCGGUCCCUUGGCGUAUUUCGUGGGCACAGAACAAGCCUAUAUGUUAGGUGACUUCCUAAGAGCAUUCGUCACCUGCUCCUUAGGCAUUGGAAUGAUUGCCGGAGCUCUUAUUGGCAUGGGCUUGAUGCAGCUCAUCGUUUCUUGCACUUUAAGUAUGCUUUUGAGGCACGUCAAAAGGAUCGUCGUAAUAUUGGCUGGUUUUUUCUUUCACUCCUGUCUGCUGUUGGCGCUGUCCAGUUGGAAGCCCUCAAGUGAUGAUAGUGCCCUCUUCUACGUAAUCGCCGCCUCGUGGGGCGCCUGCAAUGGGAUGUGGGAGACUCUCCUGCUGUCACUAGUCACCCUCAACCAUGCCGGCCAUGUCACGGAGGUCCAGGCUCCGCUGCAGGCCCUUCGAUUCCUGGGAUUGGGACUAACGUUCGCCGGACACGGCUUCCUCUGCGAAUCGCUGAAGAUUAUUGCCUUGGUGGUGCUCCUGGUAAUCAGUGUGCCGCCAUAUGCCACAUUAGAAAUCCGACUGGAGGCCCAGCGGAAGGCCACGCUCGUCAGUUUAUGACGCAGCAUCUUCAGCUAGUCCCGACGGAUUCGACGGGAUGUCGUGGCCCGGACGCACACCAUGUGACAUGUUCUGGUUAAGGAAAUGGACUCGACUCCGGAUCCGGAUCCGGAUCCGGGCCCAGAUCUAAUCCAAUCGCAGCCCGUCAAUAUUGAACGAGAGACCCAAGUCAAGCGACGCAAGUUACACUUCAGUAUUUCAAAGCUCUGCGGGCAGCAGUUGGGGGCUAAGGAUAGGAAUUCUGUGAAAGAAUAGCUGUAUCUUUAAUUUCAGCUAAGUUUCAAGUUAAUUUUUAGAUGGCACAC